AAAACAGAAUGAGGGUCAAAAAACCAGGCAGUCCUCUUUUAUAUGCUCAUAUCGAUGCAGGCAACCAAUCGGAAGCCACGGAAGAAUAGAACAAGCAAGAGAGGAAAGAAGAACUCAACCCUCGAGUGGGUAUAAAAGUGGCCGCUAGUGUUUGGCGCAGCCAUCAGUUCCAGUACUACCGUCGUCGAACACAGAACCAAAUUCAUCCAAAAUGACCGGCCGUGGCAAGGGAGGCAAAGGACUCGGAAAAGGAGGCGCCAAGCGUCAUCGCAAGGUUUUGCGUGAUAACAUCCAGGGUAUCACCAAGCCCGCAAUCCGUCGUCUGGCUCGUCGUGGAGGAGUCAAGCGUAUCUCCGGACUUAUCUACGAGGAAACUCGUGGUGUGUUGAAGGUGUUCCUGGAAAACGUCAUCCGUGAUGCCGUUACCUACACUGAACACGCCAAGCGUAAAACCGUUACCGCUAUGGAUGUUGUCUACGCUCUGAAGCGUCAGGGACGCACCCUGUACGGUUUCGGAGGUUAAAUCGCAUUCCAAAGUUUCGCUCUUCAAACGGCCCUUUUCAGGGCCAC